UCGAGCACCGCUAUCUUUCUCUCCCCUCUUCAGCCUUGCAGCUUCCCAAGAAGCGGCACUCGCAGCCGUCCUCCCCAAUUCUGCACCUCAUUUCAGAGUCCGCUCAGCUGCUUCUGAAAUAUAUCAGACUUUUUUUUUAUGCACUAUCGCGAGACUGCACAAUAAGAGUCACCGGACCAGUGGGACCCCCGCACCACAAUGGAGUAUCUCCACUUUUUGUUCCUAUUUUCAUGCUGGAUGACGUCCGUCCUCUCAGUCUUCCCCGCUGCCUCCCCCCAGGCUCCGGCGCCUCUCCCUGAAGAAAAACUGCUUGUUCUAACAGUUGCAACGGAGGAAACAGAUGGCUUCCGCCGCUUCAUGCAGUCUGCAAGUUAUUUCAACUACACUGUCAAGGUGCUGGGAAUGGGAGAAGCUUGGAAGGGAGGAGAUGUGGGUCACUCGAUUGGAGGAGGGCAAAAAGUCAGGCUACUAAAGGAGGCUAUGGAGGGUCUUGCAGACCAGGAGGAUCUUAUCGUCCUCUCUGUGGACAGCUAUGAUCUUAUCUUCGCUGGUGGGCCAGAGGAGCUGCUGAGGAAAUUCCAGCAGGCCAACCAUAAGGUGCUUUUUGCAGCUGAGGCACUGAUAUGGCCUGACAAGAGACUGGCUGAGAAGUACCCCUCAGUCCGCAGUGGAAAACGCUACCUAAACUCUGGAGGUGUCAUGGGUUAUGCUCCCAACAUACACAGAAUCGUUUCCCAAUGGAACCUCCAUGACAACGACGACGACCAAUUGUUCUACACCAAAAUCUUCCUGGAUCCCUUACAGCGAGAAUCUCUGAACAUGACUUUGGACCAUAGGUGCCAGAUAUUUCAGAGCCUGAACGGAGCAGUCGAUGAAGUUCUUCUUAAAUUUGGAACAGACAGAGUACGAGUCAGAAACACAGUGUACGACUCCCUCCCGGUUGUCGUCCACGGCAACGGGAACACUAAAAUGUACCUGAACUAUCUGGCAAACUAUGUUCCAAAUGUAUGGAACUAUGAAAAAGGCUGCAGCACCUGUGACAAUGACCUUUUGGACUUGUCUGAACUACAAGAACACCCGCGUGUGUGGGUGGGAGUGUUCAUCGAGCAGCCGACCCCCUUUCUUCCUGAAUUCUUUCAGCGGCUGCUGAAUUUAGAUUACCCCAAAGAUAAGCUCAACAUUUUUGUCCACAACAAUGAGGUGUAUCAUGAGAAGCACAUCCAGAGCUUUUGGGAAGCGAACAGAAACAUGUUCCACAGUUUCAAAGUUGUGGGGCCGGAGGAAAGUCUGAGUCAAGGCGAGGCCAGAAACAUGGGCAUGGAUCUUUGCCGCACAGACACUUCAUGCGACUACUACUUCAGCAUCGACGCAGAUGUGAUGCUGACCAACAGACAAACACUGAAGCUUCUCAUCGAGCAGAACAGGAAGAUAAUUGGCCCCCUGGUCACUCGCCACAGCAAAUUGUGGUCCAAUUUCUGGGGAGCCUUAAGCUUGGAUGGGUAUUACGCCCGCUCUGAAGAUUAUGUCGACAUUGUGCAGAGAAAACGAGUGGGUGUGUGGAACAUUCCUUACAUGGCGCACGUUUACCUUGUCAAGGGCACUACCUUGAGGAAUGAGCUGAAAGAAAGGAACUACUUUGUUCUGGAGAAACUUGACCCAGAUAUGGCUUUGUGUAGAAAUGCCAGAGAACUGACGAGUCACAGAGAAAAAGACUCACCCUCUCCGGAAUCAUUCCAUAUGCUCAGGCCCCCAAAGGGAGUCUUCAUGUAUUUAACAAACCGUCACGAGUUUGGAAGGCUGAUCUCCACAGCCAACUAUAACACGUCACAUUAUAACAGUGACUUGUGGCAGAUAUUUGAAAACCCUGUGGACUGGAAAGAAAAAUACAUUCACCCAAACUACAGUAAAAUCUUCACUGAGAACUACAUGGAGGAGCCUUGUCCAGAUGUGUUCUGGUUCCCGGUCUUCUCAGUGAAGGCCUGUGAUGAAAUAGUGGAGGAGAUGGAGCAUUAUGGGUCAUGGUCUGGAGGGAAACACGAGGACAAACGGAUCGCCGGUGGGUAUGAGACCGUGCCAACUGAUGACAUUCACAUGAAGCAAAUCGGCUUUGACAAAGAGUGGCUGCAUUUCAUCCGGGAGUUCAUAUCACCUGUUACGUUAAAAGUUUUUUCUGGAUACUACACGAAGGGCUAUGCAGUUAUGAACUUUGUGGUAAAAUACACACCUGGGAGACAGUCAUUCUUGAGACCCCAUCACGACUCCUCAACCUUCACCAUCAACAUUGCCCUCAACAACAAAGACACUGACUUCGAGGGUGGUGGUUGUCGCUUCCACCGCUACAAUUGUUCCAUUGAAUCACCCAGGAAAGGAUGGACCUUUAUGCACCCAGGUCGUUUAACACACCUCCACGAAGGACUACCGACCACCAAUGGCACACGCUACAUCGCUGUGUCCUUCAUCGACCCCUAAAUUGACUUCACUGUACUGGAAAUUAGUCGUUAAACGAAGCAAAGGCUUUUUUUAGUGGUGGUGUUAUAUAUUUUUUUGUUUGUUUUUCUUUUCUUGUGUCCCAAAAGUGUGUCUGUUAAGUCAACUUCUUUAAAAGAAUGAGAAAUAAAAUGAAUCUCUGUCAAACAGAGUGAGCCAGGAGAGAAAACGAAAUACUGUUGUCUGGAUUUUAAAAUACUAAUAAAACCUCCUACGUACCUUGCUGGGAGAGACAAAUGCUUUUUUUAAAAAAAAAAAAAGAUGCACAAACACCAGUCUUUUUUUUGGCUUUGGAAACGCUCAGUUUACAUCAAAAAGUCAUGGACUGUAAAUGUGAUGCUGAGAUUGCUGCCACUGAAGCAAAUAUAAUUUUCAUUUCUCUCAAUUGUAAACAAUGUCCGACCUAGCUGUGCAGUUUGUCCAUUUGUAGUUGUGUUUUUGCACACCGUGGAAGAGCAUUGAGCUCACAGAUCUCAGUGUUGAAUCGUUUUGUUUCACUGAAGUACAGUAGGUAUUCGUGUUUUACUUGAACUGCUUUGCCUCAAAUCAGUUUGGUCAUUUGUAAUAAUCAGAAAUGUUUCCAGUAGACAUUGCCACCAUUUUGUUGUGAGAUGUGUAAAUGGAUUUUGUGCCUUGCAGCUUAUUAUUUAUU